CCCCAUAUUUGACGAUUUCACAACGGAGUGGAUCGGUGAUCAAGACUUCUCGGUUGUCUCCUUUAAUGAAGGGUAAUUAAUGACACAUUCAAUGCCUCAUAAAUAAGAGUUGAUUUCUAGGAAUAAAAAGAUGGGACUUACACUUGAUAUAUUAAUUAAUGUUGUAGAGAUUUUAUGGGUAAGGAGGGCACAAACAGAAAAACAAAGCUAGAAGUGGACUUUUCCUGUGAAGGACAAAGUCAGGCAAAGAAACCGAGAUUGAGCGAGGAGAACCUUAUCCUCUCCACAUUCAGGUAUAUACAUAUGUGUGUGUGUGAGAGAGUGGAGAGAAUUCGAGCUGAUGAGACUCCAAACUCCCAACCCUCUGAUGAAACUCCGAACUCCCAACCAACAGAGGAAAUCUCAAAUAACUCGACCAUCUCAACCCCCAAACCCACAGAUGAGGAUUCACAAAUCAGGGAUUGAUCAGUACUCCCCCAGUCUCCUGAAUUAUUUAUUCCAGCUCCAACAACGCAAUAUGUAUUGCAACCGGAGCUUUUAGCAUUAGCUGAAUUGGUCGACUCCAUGAGAGUCGACCUUUUACAAACAUCCACUUUAAUUAGUUAUAUACAAGAUUAUGCAAGCAAAUUGGAUUUUAGAAAACAGUAA